AUGACAUUCGCGAAGGAAGAGGAAGAUAAAAUAUCUUUUUUCAACGUAAAAGAAAAAGUUGAAGCAAUAGUCGUGUCGUUUCUGAAACAAUUGGCAGAUCCUAGCAAAACACCUGCAUUCAUAAGUCUUUCUAAAAGGAAGGCUAAUGAUCGCGGUUUCUCAUCAAAAAGAAGCAUAUCAAAAAAUUCUCGUCCAAAGAAAUACAAUAUAAUCAAUCAUCCCGCGAAAAUUGCUCAGAUUUUGCAGGUCCUGGAUUGUAUACACGAGGCAAUUGAGACCGAAAGUGUGAUUACGAAAAGAGAUAUAUUUUACCAUGAUGUUCAAUUAUUCAAAAAACAAUUCGUUGUUGAUGAAUUGAUCGAAGACCUUGCCUGCACCAUAGGUUGCCCUAGAUCAGCACUUAACGUGGAAGCAUCAGGGAAAGGGCUUGUAUAUGGCCCUUUAAGCAUCACCUUGCGAGAAGGAGGAAAGCUAGAAACAUCCAAGCCUACCCUAAUUAGCUACCAUUCUAUAUCACUUUUAGAGUCCACCGCACGAUGGGUUCUAGUGGUUGAAAAAGAAGCUGUAUUUCAAACCCUCGUAGAGCGUGGAUUAGAAGAUACCAUAUUAGUGACGGCAAAAGGAUUCCCAGAUCUGUCCACUAGGAAGUUUUUACUGGAAAUCACAAAAUAUCUUCCUCAGUUGCCAAUAUUCGGGAUUUUUGAUUGGGAUCCUUAUGGAAUUUUGAUCUAUAGUUGCUACAAACAUGGGUCAAAGGCCAGUGGUUAUGAAAAUUCCAUGCUACUGCCUCAAUUGCAAUAUUUGGGCCCCUUUUACCAAGAUAUUUUUCCGGAAAAUUAUAGUUAUUCUCUUCCAUUUGGAAAAAGAGAUACAACAAUUGCUAGUAACCUGCUUCAAUCUGAUUGUUUACGCUACGAACCCCAAAUGCUUGAACAACUGCAGAGGAUGCUUUUCCUCCAAAAAAAGGCUGAAUUGCAAGCAAUUCCAAAUCUUUUUAGUUGGGCUGAGAAAAAAUUACUCAAAACCAAAACUGAUUCUAAAACCAACCUUGCUGAUACUCACAUCGGCUAG